ACAGGUUUCCUAUUGGUCGGUCAUGGAUCGGUUAUCGGUUUUAUGUUUUAUAUUUGGAUUAAGAUAAAAAAUAAUACAAAGACAAGCUACAAAAAAAAACAUUUUAUUGAAUAAUCAUCAUAGAUUUGUCCGAAAUAUGGAUUGGUCAAGAGUAUGAGUGCAGAAAAGAAACAAGUAGAUUGGAAACAAACCGAUAUGAGCAAUCGCAAUGCUGUUUUCUUUGUGAUUUUGUCAAGAUAGACGCCGGACGCCGCCGGUUUUUUAUAUUAUGUUUUAGCCUAGCUAAAUGCAAAUACAAUAGAAGGCUACUGUUUUGUUUAUUUGUUUUGACAAAUUUGAAUGAAUGUCAAAAUGGAUACUGAAAAGGAAAACCAUGAAAACAUCAUUUGCAGAACAUGUUUACAUUCAAAUAAAGAACUCUCUUCAAUAUUUGAUGAAAUAGAUGUUAGAAAUAAUAAACUGUCCAUCCCUUAUAUUUUAGAAACAUGUACCUUACUUCAGGUCUCAAAAGAAGACAAAUUUCCACAGUAUAUUUGCAAGUUAUGUUUGCUACAACUAGAGCAAGCAUAUUUAUUUAGAGAAAAAUGUCAUGAUUCAUACAAAAAACUAGAAGAAAUCAUACAUAGCAUUAACCAAUCGGAUGAAACAGAAAAUUUACUAGAUAAUAAUUAUGAAGCCAAAGUUGAUAUUAAAAAUGAAUGUACAAAGUAUAAUUCUCCUUAUUGUGAGGAUGAUAAUGUGAUAAUUGGCUGUGAUUCUGAUUCAGAUCACUAUAAAACCCAAACGGAUUUAUUAGAUAGUUCUAAAUAUAGAUGUGUUGCAUGCAAUCAAGUCUUUCUGAAUAGAAUUGAAUUAGAACAUCAUAAUAAGCAACAUGUAGAUACUAAAAAACUGAGUUGUGAUGUUUGUGGGAAGAUAUUUACCAGGUAUGCAAGUGUUAAACGGCAUAUGACUACUCACACGGGAUUAAAGCCCCAUUCUUGUCCGAUUUGUCAUCGAUCCUUUACACAAUCGGGAACAAAGGCUUUACAUAUGCGAACGCAUAAAGAAUUUAUUGUUUACAAAGAGGAGAAUAGCAAAUCUACUAACCAUUCGCAUCUCUGUUCAAUCUGCGGGAAAUCUUUUAAGCAAUCAUCAUCUUUGACCAUUCAUAUUCGCAGACAUAAUGGCGAGAAACCGUACGCAUGUGCGAUUUGCAAUAAAAGCUUUAUAUCGAGCAGUCUAUUGGCGUCACAUUUGAGGAUUCAUUCUGGUGACAAACCAUACUCUUGUAAAUUUUGUAACAAGACUUUUACCCAUUCAUCAGGCAUGAACAAACAUCUAAAAACUCAUUUAGAUUUAAAACCAUACCGAUGUAAAUAUUGUCCUAAAAAGUUUUCUUCGACAUUUUAUUGCAACAUUCACAUGAGAAAGCAUACAGGUGAAAAACCUCUAAAAUGCAAUGAAUGUCAAAAGAGCUUCUCAGAUCCCAAAAACUUUAAGCAACAUAAACUCAUUCACACAGGCGCUAAACCUUUCUUGUGUAUAAGUUGUGGUAAAUCUUUCAGAAGAAAUCACCAUCUUACAGUUCAUAUGAAGACUCACACGAAAAACUAAUAGUCAAAGGUAUUAUAGCGAAUACAAAUAAAACUCCUUGGAACAAAAA